UGUGCUUGUCUCCUUCAGGUCUACACCAUCAUCUCAGUCCAGCUGCUGGUGACCGUGGGCAUCAUCGCCGUGUUCACCUUCGUCUCCCCCGUCCGCAUCUUUGUGCAGGGGAACGUUGCUGUGUACUACUCCUCUUAUGGUGUGUUUCUGGUCACCUACCUGUUGCUGGCGUGCUGCCAGGGCCCCAGGUGAGUGUCUCCUUCACUGGGGAUCAGAGAGGGCGGCCCCUCCCUCCCGCACCCCGCCCCGGCUCAGAGUCCCCCGGGCACUGGGAAGCGGGUUGGGGGGGAGUGACUGAGGCCGGGGGCCGUGGCCAGAACGGGCUCUGGCUCCAUCCCCAAGGGGCGAUGAGACAAGGCUGCCCCCAGGGUCGAUUCCUGUCCAUCUGGGGCCAUGGCCUACCCUGACCGGGGGUUGGUUUUUACGGGGACCCCCCUGUGCCCUGCAGUCUCAUCAGGCCAAAGUGGUGCCCUCGCCCCAGGUCGACAUCACGCUGAGCUCACCCCCGACCCCCCCGGUUCCCCCCCAGCCUGCGGCGCAGCGCCCCGGGCUCUGACUACCUGCCCCCUGACCUGUGUGUUCCCCUGACUUCCCCCAGGAGACGCUUCCCCGUGGAACGUCAUCCUGCUCAGUAUCUUUACGCUGGCCAUGGCCUUCAUGACGGGAACCAUCGCCAGCAUGUAUGACACCACGGCUGUCCUGAUCGCCAUGGUGAUCACUGCCAAAGUGGCCAUAAUUGUCACCAUCUUCUGCUUCCAGACCAAGGGGGAUUUCACAUCGUGUACCGGGCUGUUCUGUGUGCUGGGGAUCGUUGUCCUUCUGACAUCGAUAGUCACUGCCAUCGUCCUCUACUACAAAUAUAUUCAGUUGGUCCACAUGGUGUUUGCGGCCGUGGUUGCGAUCGCCUUCACCCUGUUCCUAGCCUACGACACCCAGCUGCUGGUAGGGAACAAGCAGUACGCCCUCAGCCCCGAGGAAUACGUCUUCGGCGCCCUGGAGAUCUACGUGGACAUCGUCUACAUCUUCUUGUUCCUGCUGCGGUUCCUGGGCUGGAAAUAGAGCCUCCAGCCGGGCUCCUGGCUGGCAUGGCCCGGGGCCGAGGAGCGCUCUGGGAACACCUUGCUUCCUUCCUGCUUCUGUUCCUUUCUCCCUCCUUGCCCCGGUGUGCGUCUCCCGGCCGAUGCCCUCUUGUUUCCCUCCUUCCCCGGAGACCCCAGCGUGGGAUUCCCGCAGUCUGCACCUAGAGGGGUCGCGGGCGAGACUGUGCCCUGGAGAAGCCCAAUAACGAGGCUUUGCCCAGCGAUGAAGCCAGCGCUGGCAGAUUUCUGCCUGCCCCGUUAACGGCUCCACUGCCCUCUGGGCUUGCACGCGGCCUCCGUCUUUCUUCGCUCCCCGCUGGGCCCCCAGGGAUGUGUCAAUGCACCGAGUUCAUCCCCGUAGCAGCCCUCGGUACUCGGUGCCGGGCGAGGCACCUGCCCCCAGACCCACAAACACGGCCCCUCUGCCAGCGCUAGCUGCUAAGACCAGGGGGCACCUCGUAUUCCCCAGAAAUAGCUGAGAGCGGGCAUUUCUGGACAUCGCGCUUCACAUGUUGAGCCGUGAGACAGAUCCUCCACCCUAAGGAGAAGUGAAUUCACUUCUCUUGUGGUAGAGAGCAGGCAGGUGGAGGCUUCUGUCUCUCACCUUAACCUAAGCCUGACCUAUCCCGCCCCGGGCCUGGCGAGCAGCGUUACUCCGAAAUAACUUGCUGGAUGGUUUGAGUUACCUGGAGCCACCUGAGGUCAAGCUUGAGACCUGUCAGCCCCAGCUGCUGUUCGGACCCAGGUGAGAUGCCCCAGGGGAGGGGAAAGGUAGGCAGAGGGGCAGCGUCUUCAUCAAAUCCAAACCCACUCAAAGGAGAGUAGAAAGACGGGCUCGGGCCUUGCUCUGAUCCAGACCCCAGUGUGCAAGUUCCUUCUGGCCUGCAGAGCGUCCUCCAGUGAGGAGGAGCAGGGGGGGCUGCGAUUAUUGCAUGGAUCUGAUUUUUAAAGGGCGGGAGGGGAAAUUUUUUAUACGUGGCCUAGACAUCACUGUUUGCCCAGCACAGUUUUUACCCUGUGUCUGAGAGUGGGUUUUUUACAGUACAACAAAACUCUGCCAGGUUAACAAUACUGCUUCGGUCUCUCGUUUGUUACGUGCCUUAAACUAGCUUAUGUUAAAUGUUUUUUUAAUCUUCUUAGCUACAGCCUGUGGCGUGUACACAGGAGAGACCCAGGCUGGCUCUUGACAGGUUUCUGUCCUUUCUAAUUCAAUGUAUUUUAUCCUUGGUUAAGCAAAGGGCUUUUUACUGCA